AUGGUUUCGCUCGCGAACGGCGUGGCCUCGGGCACGCCCGCGUUGCGGAAUUUGCGGGUGAUCGCGGUGUUGGGAACACGUCCGCUGCCCACGCGUCUCUUCGUCAGGGGCCUCGAGUCUAGUAGCCACGUGGAGCUCGGCAGCCUCUCGUCGACCCUGACCGAGUCUUUCAAGGAGUGCGAGCUGCAGCCAAGUGUUCGGCCGCUGCCGCCUGGACAUAAUGGAAAGCCAAGGUUCCGCGUGACAUUCAGCUUGGUAACCUUGCCGACGGUGACAAGUGCUACAUUUAUGCACGGAAUUGUUUCUGAGGUGUUCGCUCUGUUGUCAAGCUUCUACGUGCUAAUUCUCGCGGACGUCGUGUGA